UGACAUUUUUUUCAUAUUCGUAAUUCAAUGAAUUCUAGGUUAUGUUUUCCAUAUAAAAUAAAUAGUAAAAAUGUAAUUAUUAACUUAAAUUUAUCAUCUAAGUGGUUUUAAACCAAAUAUGACAACUUCUCCGACCAGGACAAAACAAAAAUUGUCUCUUCGAAAGCGGUUAUUUGUUAAAAAAUCGCCAAAAGUUGGUUGCUAUGUUGAUACUGAUUCUAAUGAUGAAUUCAAUCAGUCGUCAUCACGUCCGAUGUCUCCAGCAGAUCCAUUCCUUGCACAAAGUGCUAACAAUAUUGAGACUAACGUAGAGAAUUUAAAAAGUUGUAAAACAGCUGGCUGUGAACAAUCUUCUCCUGAAGCUCAUAUAAACCCUGAUGAUCUCCAAAACGACGACGAAAAAAACUCGAAAUGUUGCAGAAAACUAUUUAGACGUUCCCGCCCAAAAAGUCUUGUCGAGGCUCAUUCCCUAAAAGAUGAGACGCAUUCAAGACCAGAGAGUCCUGUUAAUAAUUCUAGUAAUAGUUUAAGUGACCAUACUCUAUCUUGUACUAAAAGUGAGGAGAUACCUAAAGCAACUGUGUGUUUUUCUAAAUGUGAUGAUUCAAAGAAAAGCUUUGAACAUUCAGGUUCAUUUGAGGGUAUUAAGCCUAAAAGUAAGUUAUUUGUGAAAAGAUUGUCAGCUGAUCACUUAAUAUCAAGUGAUACAAAACCAUUGUACCAUUCUUCUUCACCUGAAAGUGAUAGAAGCAGUUCUUUGGACCGUAAAAGGAGAGCCAAGUCAACAAUCACAAGGUCAUCACACACUGGAAGCACAGAUAGCUUGGCUCGUAAUUCAUUGCUUGCUGCACAAGUGCUACGUCUCAUACCAACACAAGAAGCAAAGCAAAGGAACUAUUUAUAUGGAAGGUUUGCAUCCAAUUCACUUUUAGGCACAGCAGAAUUGGAGCAUGUAUUUCCAGAUAGAGAGGUAAAGAUUUUUGUUGGAACUUGGAAUAUGAAUGGGCAAUCUCCACCAAGAGAACUUGCAGAUUUUAUAUUUCCUGAUGAAGUUAAGCAUGUGCCAGACAUAUUUGCAAUUGGAACACAAGAAUCAUAUUCAGAAAGAACUGAAUGGGAAAUUACUAUACAAGAAGUUUUGGGUCCAUCUCAUUUGUUAUUACACUCUUAUUACUUAGGUACAAUACACUUGACAAUUUUUAUACGAAGAGACCUUAUAUGGUUCUGUUCGUUGCCUGAAGAUGCUAGUCUCUCUGUCCGUCCUGGAACAGCAUUUCGUACCAAGGGGGCUGUGGCGAUAUCGUUUGCGCUUUUUGGCUCCACUUUUCUCUUUGUAACCGCCCAUUUGACGGCCCAUCAGGAAAAAGUGAAAGAGAGAUUGUCAGACAUAAAAAGGAUUAUACGUUCGAUAGAUUUACCAAAGAAUUUGCCUUGUCGGCAUAGAAGUAAAGAUGUAACCAACAAUUUUGAUUAUGUAUUUUGGUGUGGGGACUUGAACUUCAGACUGGGAGAGCCGAGAGCAGCUGUUUUAAGAUGGAUUGAACAAACACAGUUUCCCCUCCCACCUCACUUACCCCACGGGCUAUUACACGCAGAUCAACUUACGGUUGUUUUAGAAGAUGGGGCUGCCUUUAGGGACUUUAGAGAGGCGCCUAUCAGAUUUCCGCCUACGUAUAAGUAUGAUCCGGGGAGUCAAAAGUUUGACACGUCAAGUAAGCAACGGGCACCGGCGUACACGGACAGAAUAUUGUUCAAAGCAAAGUCUAUGGCUGGAAAUUCGUCGGCUGGUUUCGCAGGUCUUCGACGCCUCAGUGCAAUGCCAGUUACAGCUAGUUUGAAAUGUAUAGCAUACAAUUCCGUUCAAUCAAUAUGCACAAGCGACCACAAACCUGUGUGGGGGCUGUUCUCGGCUGCGCUUAGACCUGGCACUGAUGUAGUGCCCUUAGCAGCUGGUCUUUUCAAUCGGGAAGUCUAUCUCGAGGGAAUCAAACGCCGACGGGCGCUUCUAGACCACGCCCCGGGUACAUCAGCAGUAUGUUCCAUACAGUGACAUUUCAUACGAUAUUUUAUUGUACCUUACUUUUAGUAUAAUUUUUUAAAUGUGAAAUAAUUGUCAUGACAGUACAUACAUAUACAACUUAAUUAAUAAUAAUAAUUAUUUUCAUAUUUUUUUUGUACCGUCGGGAAAGUACAGACCCUAAGUUUAGUUUUAACUGUGACUAUAUUUUUUGCUUUCCUUCAACAGAACUAAAAUGUGUUGCCAGAUCUAUAUUUUUAUACUAAAGAGACAAUGCAGUCUAUAAAUAACAAUAGACAAAAAAUAUUCAUUUAUUGAAUGUUCAAUAUUUAUCUAGUCAAGAUUCAAGUUAACAGUAUUAAAUAAGCGUGAAAAAGUCAUUAGAAUAAUAUUUAUUUAAAAAAUUAUGGAAUGGACAUUUUAGUAUGUAAAUAAUUUAUUUUUAAACUCAGUUAUGUCAGAGGAAUUUGCUUGUCUAUGGUUCUUGAGAAAAAAGUUUUUAGUAGAUACAGUUAUUAUACCAACAAU